UUCACAACUGGCGAAGGCGCGUCCGUGUCGACAUCUCAGCUGCGAGCAAAGCUUUUUGUUGCUCUAGCUUCACCUCAUUUCUGGAUCAAUAUGAAGAUUGUGUUGCUUCUUGCUCUUGCACUACCGAUGGUAGUUGCAACGAGAGGCCCGCUAAAGCCCGGAUGCCCGAACCCGAAUCAAGGCAAGCAGUGCCUGAUCUACCACGACCAGUGCCAGAGGGACUUGGAUUGCGAAAGAGAGGGAAAAGGCCACCUAUGCUGCCCGGUAAAUGGCUGCGGAAAGGAGUGCGUGACACUGAACAUGAACCCAAGAUGCCCCGACCCGGGAAGCUACGGCUUCAGCUGCUACACCCACAGCCACCAGUGCAACAUCGACAGUGAGUGUGACGGCAACAGGAAGUGCUGUCACGUGGACGGAUGUGGCAGAAGUUGCAAGGCCGUCUAAGCACAGAGUUCCUCGCCUGGACCAUGCAAGAGUGAUGACGUUAGAUGCACCCUUUCUUUCGGAUUUAUAACAGUGGUUUACUUCUUUUGAAUUCUGUAUGGCUUGUAGUUCGUUAAUUUUUAAAGGAGCUCUGUAAAAGAAAUUGCUUUGUGUUCUGACUACAAUUUUACUUGUCUAUGUUUGGGUUAACUAAAGUCAAGUGUAAAAUCUAAGGAAAUAUGUAAGGAAAUAAAUCCUACACACACUU